CAAUCGUGGUCAAGUAACGGCUUUUUUCACCGGUUAUCGCCGGCCACUACUCGUAACCGCUUCCCUUCCCUUCCUUUAUUGAAUUCUAUUGUUCGUAUCUCCGAAUUUUCCAUGUUAAUUAGUACCAAAUUUGAUAUUUUUCCUUAUUCAUUCAUUCAUUUCAGAGAUUUGUUAAUUCCGCUUCGUCUUUGCUUUUCAAUUCUCUCUCUUUUGUCUUCUUCUUCCUCUGGAUUUCCCAACUCGGAGGAUGGCGACGGAACUGGGAUCAACGACGGAAAAGCUUUCGCAGCUUGGGAUUAAUGGAGAUUGGGCUGCUUCAAUCCCUAACCUCCAGAAGAAUCUCGGCAUUCUAUCGCCCGACCAGAUUGAACUUGCGAAGAUUUUAUUGGAGAUGGGGCAGAGUCAUCUUUUCGAGCAUUGGCCAGAGCCAGGAGUCGACGAUGAGGAUAAAAAAGGCUUCUUUGAUCAGGUUGCUCGGUUAAAUGCAAGCUAUCCCCGCGGUUUGGCAGCCUAUAUUCAAAAUGCUAGAAGACUCCUGGCGGAUUCAAAAGCAGGGAAAAAUCCAUUUGAUGGUUUUACGCCUUCUGUUCCAUCUGGGGAGGUUCUGACAUUUGGUGAUGACAACUUUGUGAAGUUUGAAGAGACUGGUGUCAGGGAGGCACGGAGAGCUGCCUUUAUCCUUGUUGCUGGUGGCCUUGGGGAACGUCUAGGGUACAAUGGAAUAAAGGUCGCUCUUCCUUCAGAGUCCACAACAGGAACAUGCUUCUUGCAUUACUACAUAGAAUCCAUUCUUGUCCUGCAAGAAGCUAGCUGUCAAUUGACUGAAGGCCAAUCCCAAGCUGAGAUACCUUUGGUGAUAAUGACAUCGGAUGACACACAUUCACGUACUUUGGAGCUUUUGGAGUCAAAUGCUUAUUUUGGAAUGAAGCCAACACAAGUGAAACUGCUAAAACAGGAAAAAGUUGCAUGCUUAGAUGAUAACAAUGCUAGGCUUGCAGCAGACCCUAAGAACAAAUAUAGAAUUCAGACAAAGCCACAUGGCCAUGGUGAUGUGCACUCACUUCUUUUUUCCAGUGGCCUGCUAAAUGAAUGGCAUGAUGCAGGUCUGAAAUGGGUUCUAUUUUUCCAAGACACUAAUGGGCUUCUCUUCAAGGCAAUUCCUGCAGCACUUGGUGUAAGCUCCAUCAAACAAUAUCAUGUCAAUUCUCUUGCUGUUCCUCGCAAAGCAAAAGAAGCUAUCGGGGGAAUCACCAAGCUUACUCAUACUGAUGGGAGGACGAUGGUGAUCAAUGUGGAGUACAAUCAGCUUGAUCCUCUACUUAGGGCAACUGGCUAUGCUGAUGGAGAUGUAAAUUGUGAAACGGGUUAUUCUCCUUUUCCUGGAAAUAUUAACCAGCUAAUUUUGGAACUAGAUCCUUACAUCAAAGAGCUCACAAAAACAGGAGGUGCUAUUGAGGAAUUUGUUAAUCCCAAAUACAAAGAUUCUAGCAAGACUUCAUUCAAAUCUUCCACCCGGUUGGAGUGUAUGAUGCAAGACUAUCCCAAAACAUUGCCUCCAUCGGCAAGAGUUGGAUUUACAGUGAUGGAUACAUGGCUUGCUUAUGCACCUGUAAAGAACAACCCUGAGGAUGCAGCAAAGAUACCAAAGGGAAACCCAUACCACAGUGCUACUUCUGGGGAAACGGCCAUCUAUCGGGCAAACAGCCUCAUUCUUAGGAAGGCUGGUGUCCAGAUAAAUGAUCCUGUACUUCAGGUACUCAAUGGACAAGAGGUAGAAGUAUGGCCUCGUAUUGCAUGGAAACCAAAAUGGGCGCUGACUUUUAGUGAUGUUAAAAGCAAAGUGGGAGGUAGCUGUACCAUCUCUCAGAGGUCCACCUUGGUCCUAAAUGGGCGUAAUGUGUUUAUUGAGGAUCUCUCUUUGGAUGGAGCUCUCAUUGUGAACUCAGUUGGAGAUGCAGAGGUUAAAGUGGGAGGAUCUAUUCACAACAAAGGGUGGGUCCUGGAACAAGUUGAUUACAAAGAUGCUUCAGUACCUGAAGAAAUAAGGACUAGGGGUUUCAGAAUUAACAAGGUUGAGCAGGAAGAGCUGAAUUACAUUGAGCCUGGGAAGUUUUCAUUUAAGCCUUGAUUACAAUGAUUUUUCUUUGUACAUUGGGUUUAUUUUUUUAUUUUUCCCCCCCUUUGUGUCAGUUGUUUUGGGUUCCUGUGUUGGUGGGACGCCCUCCUUUUAUAUACCUUUACUUGACAAAAAUUGUGAGGCUGCCUACGGCCUUGGAGUUUGGGGGUUAAAAGAAAAAGUUUUAUUGUUAUUGUUAUUA